GAGGGAUGUUUUGUUUAACUUGUACAGCGGACACCCAAACCGAUGACACUCAGCGGCCCAACUCCACCAUGGCAGACCAAUCUGAUGACGAGGACGGCAAUAUAACACGUAUCCUCAAACACCGAUCAACGCCAGAGGGCAGCUUGACAUUCCUUUGCCUCCAGGUACAGUGGUACUCGCACUCUGAGCUUGAAGAGUAUACCCCGGAGUUGGUGGAUCAAUAUCUCUAUCGUGGCAGGCCCCAUGAGCGUUCUAGAGCACGCAAAAGGCAAGCAGCUUGUGAAACACCCUUGGCUUCGGACAGGCAAAAGAAGGUUAGGGAGAUAUAGGCCACGGCUCAUUGUUUGUCAUACUUGCUUUCGGAUCUCCUUUCAUUGUUAUUACGCAUUUCUCAUAUAACUUAAAUCAAAUCUUCAUGCUUGGGUACUUGUGACGCGUCAUUAUUGGAACUAGGUGAUCUUGUUGACUGAGACUGAGUCGUAGUGGUCAUGUUAAGUAUAUUGCAUGGAGAUCAGCG